AUGUGGUCAUUCUUUUUUGUAUGCAGAACACUGAUGCACAGUGACUCGACAGAACAAAACUUUGUCCAAGUGCCUCUGAAGCUUUUUCCAAAUCACAUGACGUUGGAUAUCUGGGUAGAUGGACACAAUGCAUUGGGAACCGUGACAUCAGACAUUUUAUCAGAUAAUGCAAACUGUUUUGUGAAGGUAAAGCCCCCGAAGAAUGUUACUGUGAUUUCAGAAGAUGUCUUACCGUUUUCACUUCUCCUGAACUGGGAUCUGCCUAUUGGUAGAGAAUAUGUGAGACUAAAACCUCAAAUCAGAUUCUGCGAAAAAGGAUCUCAUGUUUGGAUUUAUGUACCACACGAGGACACCGAUACAGACAGGCAAUCCUUCAGACUUCAAAAUCUUCGUCCAGAUACAGAGUAUAUCAUUCAAGUUAGCUGCAGGUUUGCCGGAAAGUGUCACAGGGCCUUGUGGAGCGACUGGAGCUCUAACACUACCAAGCGUACACCCGAGGCCAAACCAGAAGGAAAACCGGACCUGUGGAGAAUCAUCGCUGAAGGUGACAGCAGCGGCGAACAACAAGUGCAGAUUAUUUGUAAGGAUCCUGUGGCUGCAAAUGGAAGGAUAACAAGCUUCAACUUAAGACUGACAAGUCUUGAGGAAAAGCUGAAGAACACAAGUCUGAAUUGGGAGCAUUUUCCUGUCAAUGGCGGAGAGGCAGAUCUUAUUGACCAUAAGAGGAAAAUCACACACCUGAAAACGCUUUACGUGGCUGAUAAGAAAAUUGUUAAAGUGGAACUGACUGCCAACAACUCGGUGGGAGGGUCUGCUGUUGCCACACUGGUUGUCACUGGCCGCAAUCAUGAUUUGGAAAGUGUGGAUAGCUUGAAGGUCACGUCCGAUGGAGGACAGAUUUUCCUUAACUGGAAACGUCCGGAAAGCCGAAGACUGUCGGGGUAUGUAGUGGAGUGGGCUGGCAGUGACAGGCUCGACUGGCAGCGAGAAAGUAAAAACAUAACCCACACUGCCAUCAGAGGCCCUUUGGAGCCUUUUGUUUGCUACAACAUUUCGGUGUAUCCCAUAUAUGGCUUCAGGACAGGGCGGCCUGUGAUGGUACAAGCUUAUCUGGAGCAAGGAGUUCCACUGGAAGGUUCUGCUGUGGAAAUGAACGGCCAGAUUGGCCGUAAUGAGGCCCACCUGGUGUGGACCGAGAUUCCUCCAGAGAAGCGUCGAGGCUUCAUCACAAACUACACUGUUAUCUACUCAACUGAAAGUGGAAGUGAAAUCCACAAUGUAACCGUCCCAGGGAACGUGACCUCGUACACGCUGAAAUCCCUGGUUGGGAACACAAAGUACAACGUCAAGAUCAGGGCGUCAAACGUCAAAGGCUCGGUCGAAAUUGUCAACUAUUCCUUCACCACAUUGAAAUACGCACCGAGGGAGAUAGAGAUCACCGUAGUCGCUGUGACCCUCAGCUUCCUCUUCUUUGUUCUACUCAUCAUGCUGCUGUGUUUUUACAAGAGAGAAGAGAUAACAAAAAACUUUUGGCCACAAAUUCCAGACCCAGGAAUGAGCACUAUUCGUGGCUGGACUCCUGAAUAUCCAUCAAAGUCUGAGACACCAAAGGAAACGUGCCUGUCGGGCUUCAGCGUGGUUGACGUGGAAGUGUGUGACGUCAAGUCUGUGUUGGACGAGGACAAAAGCAGUCUUCCCCUAAAGAAAGACAAGUAUCUGUCUGAGGAGCACAGCAGUGGCAUCGGCGGCUCCUCCUGCAUGUCGUCUCCACGCCAGAGUGUGUCCGACAGCGAUGAGGGUGGUGACAUGGCCGACACCACAGCCAGCACCGUCCAGUACUCCUCUGUAGUUGCCUCCAAUGGUUACAAGGGCCAGACCCCAGGCUCCCAGGCACAGCAGGUCUUGUUCUCGCGGUCCGAGUCCACACAGCCCCUGCUGGACUGCGAAGACAAUGCAGACAUAUUGUCACAGGACGGCAUCAGACAGUCUCAGCGUGUCAUCCAUGAGUCAGGUAACCAAGAUGGGAGCAACCUGGACCUGCUAGUUCCUCAUCAGCUCCUGGAGCCUCUGGACUUCUGUCCACUUCAGGAAGACCUUGAGAUGACAACAGCAGGGGGUGACCAGUCUGCAGAAACCUCAAGCUACAUGCCUCAGAAGGGAGGUUACAGGCCGCACUUGUAAGGCUCGACGAGUUCCGUGCGGGUGAAUAGAACUUUUAUGUCAAGUCAUUAAGGCUGCGAGGGCAAAGUCUUCCCAACUGUCAAGUUUGGGAACAUGACUGUGCACUCACGUUGAUUCACCCACUGUUAUCAUAUUUACGUGUAGUAGUCCCAAACAAGCCUGAUAUACCGAUGAUCUCUGUGUCGUUUCAAAAUGUUGCCGAAAUACAGUCUCAAAAGUUGAACCUUGUCUAGCUGGAGCAAUGCCUUACUGAAAAGUAGACUGACCUCGGUUCUUUAAAAUAAUUUUAUGUCCCUACUUUGUUUAUAGUUAACACAGUCAUUUCAGCAACGUUCCAGCUGUGUGAGGAUUCUGGUUACAUUUCUGUUCUGAUGUCAUUUGUUUACAUGUAUGUCAUUCUCAUUUCUCUGAGAGUUUCCUAUGUGACUCCUCGAGUUUGGACACUAACCUGCAUGUUUUUUGAAAGUGAAGGAGAAAGAGCUCCUGUGUGGUUUCAGUACAAUUUUCACUCUCAUUUCCUCAUGCUGAUUCACUGUUAAAUGUAAAGCAUUUUUUGGUGGAGAGCCGUGAUCGGGUUUCCGCCAGUAUUUUUUGAGCGAGUGGCAGAACCCCUGCCACCAUCAUCACGUCCACACUAGCUGGUCCUAAACAGGCUCUUAGCUAGAAAAGAACAGAAUGUAGCAGAGUCUUUUUCAUGUAUGAAUGUGAAAUUGUGUUGCUCUCCUCAGAAAGAGCUGAAAGUCAAAGCUCUUGAUUGUUUCCACAACAUUUACCCAGUCUGCAGGAAUUAUGGACUUCAUAUGCUACACUGCCUGGCCAAAAAAAAAGUUGCAUCCUGGAUCUGGGGUUGCUGCAGUUGGUCAGGUCUAGGUUCAGCAACAUUAUGUGCUCAAAGAAUGAGGUCAGCUGACUACCUGAAUAUACUGAACGACCAGGUUAUUCCACCAAUGGAUUAUUUCUUCCCUGAUGGCACGGACAUAUUCCAAGAUGACAAUGCCAGGAUUCAUCGGGCUCAAAUUGUGAAAGACUGGUUUAGGAAGCAUGAGACAUCAUUUUCACACAUGGAUUGGCCACCACAGAGUCCAGACCUUAACCCCAUUGAGAAUCUUUGGGAUGUGCUGGAGAAGUAUGUAUCACCCUUUUUUUGGUGGCGACUUUUUUUUUGGCCAGGCAGUGUAUAUAAAACUGUCUUAAUGGGGUGGUCUCAUAAAUUCUUCAUUGUCUCAACUUGGUUCUCUUAGCUUAGUUAAACUAAAUUAACUGAGUUACGAUCCUGUUAUCUGGAAAUGUUGGUCAUACACACACCGUCACCUGACACAACACUGACAUGUACAUACUGCCAAUGUGCUCACAUGCAUGCAUCUUGUUUCGUGCCUUUAAGCUGAAGGAGAAAGGGAGAAAGUGAUGCAUCACUUCUAUUGAUGUUGCUGAACUGACGACUGAGUCACUUUAUUUGUUUUCUCUAUUACUGCAAUGUACACCUUUUAUGUUGGCCAUCCCAAAUGUUGGUCUGAGGAACGUUCUUUUCUGUCGGUAAUGUCAAAACAAAACUGAAUCUACAUCAUGCUAAGCUAUUUGUGGUGUGACAUCUGCUGCCGCUGGCUGGUAUCUGACGUUCUGCGGACAUAAGCUGGGCGUUCGUCACAAAUGCAGCUUUGAGGAGGAUGUGGGAUGCCACCGGACUUUAGUUGAUGGGUGAUCAACUGAGAGUUUGUCUUCCUUGAGAAAGAAAAUCUGUCCCUGUAGGGAAACCUGAGUUUGCCUGCAGAGUCUGAUCGGAAAAAAUGUUGAGGAAGUGUUUGUCAUGUAUCUGAUCACUUGACAGUGGUGUCUGAUAGAACGUUGUAAAUAACAUGAGUCAUUCAAUAAAUGCUUUUAUCAUCAGUAUUGCUG